GGCAUCGCAGAUGCAAUCCACCGCUGGGCCGUUGAAGUUUGACCAGCCCUGACUGAGUCAAUCGUCAUCUCCACUCCUCCGAGGCAACAUUUUCUGGAUGGCUGUGAUACCAUCGCCUCCUUCUCUCUUUCUAGUUCCUAUAUCUACCUCUUGAUCCGCCGCUCUUUUCUUUCCCAUUCUUUACUAAAAAAAAAUUUCCUACUCUUUCUCUAAUCUUGCCCCCUCUAUACCCAUCAAGCUAUACCCCUCCAACCACCAAAAUGUGUCAAUCCACCUGGCACGACUUCCUCCGGGGCCUCCCCAAAUGCGAACACCACGUGCAUCUGGAAGGCUGCCUCACCCCGGAACUAAUCUUCCAACUGGCCUCGAAAAACGCCGUCCAACUGCCCGCUACCCCCGAAUACACCUCCAUCGAGACCCUCACCCAGCGGUACGGAAACUUCACCUCCCUCGACGACUUCCUCCACUUCUACUUCAUCGGGAUGUCUGUCCUCCAGCACGAAUCCGACUUCUCCGACCUAGCUUGGGCCUAUUUCCAAAAGGCGCACGCCGACGGCGUCCACCACGCCGAAGUCUUCUUCGACCCGCAAGUGCACCAAGACCGGGGCAUCGCGUACGAGACCAUCAUCUCCGGGUUCGUGGCGGGGUGUCAACGCGCGGAAAAAGAACUCGGACUUUCAACUCGCCUCAUUCUUUGCUUUGUGAGGCACUUGUCGGUUGAUUCGGCGAAGGAGACGUAUGCGAAGAUUCUGGACAAUGGGCAUUUUGAGUCUGAUACGGUGCAUGGGCUGGGGUGGAGUUCGUCGGAGGUGGGUCCGCCGAAGGAUAUGUUUAGGGAGAUUUAUGCGUCUGCGAGGGAGAGGGGGGUGAGGUUGACGGCUCAUGCUGGGGAGGAGGGCGAUCCGACGUAUAUUAGUACGGCGUUGGAGUUGGGGGCGAGGAGGAUUGAUCAUGGGAUUCGGUUGGUGGAGGAUCCGGUGUUGAUGGAACGGAUUGCGCGGGAGGGCAUUCUGCUCACGGUUUGUCCGUUGUCGAACGUGCAGUUGAAGUGUGUGAAGGAGGUUGGGGAGGUGCCGAUUCGGAAGUUCUUGGAUGCUGGGGUCAAGUUCUCGAUUAAUAGUGAUGAUCCGGCGUAUUUUGGGGGGUAUAUUUUGGAUAAUUAUUGUGCGGUGCAGGAGGCGUUUGGGUUGUCGGUUGAGGAGUGGAAGGUUAUUGCGGUGAAUAGUGUGAGUGAGAGUUGGAUUGAGGAGGAGAGGAAGAUGGAGUUGUUGGGUAGGAUUGAGGAUCAUGUGGUGAGGUUUGCGGAGUUGGUGGUUUAGAUGGGAGAUGGGGAGGGAUAAUGUUAUAUGCAACUUAUGAGUAGAUGAUAGAUACUAUAUAUCCAGGAGAGAGGGUAAUGAUUGCAUUUGA